AUGACGAUCACUCAACUCGACUUUGUCACCCUUGACGUCUUCACCAAGACUCCCUAUAAGGGCAACCCACUGGCCAUUGUGCAUCUCCCUCCUCCCACGGCAACAUCCCCCGCUCUCACCCAGGAGCAGAAACAGGCCAUCGCCCAGGAGUUCAACCUCUCGGAAACCGUCUUCGUCCACGAUGUAGACCCCAAAGACGACCCGGAGCCCCAGACACGCCCGCCGCAUUGA